UUUUUAUUUUUUAUAGUAAAUUGGAAGCUCAUAAUAUAAAACUAAAUGUUAAAGUUGUCCAACAAAUAAGUAGGUCUGGGGUUUUGGAAAUAAUUGAGAUUGGUGCUAAGGUGAAAUAGCAAGAGGUCAUAUCAUCAAAGUACACUGUAUGCCAAUAUGUUUACUACUAACAUUCCUCCCAGAAAAGUAAGGAGAAUGAUGAAGAAACAACGGAUGUUGGAGGAAAAGAUAAAAAACGCUAAACAAAGCUUUUCUCACUCAGGACCAUCUGGAUCUGGAUUUAUGAAACCUGAAAUUUCUUGUAAUUUUGGAUCAGUGCCCUCUAUAGGAGCAUCCUUGAAUUCACUGGUUCAGACAACACCAGGAGUACAGACUACAAGGUUUGGGCCCGUCAUUCACCAAUCGACAGAAAUAAAACCAUCUUUAGCUGAACAGUUCAAACCUACAUUUCCUGCAUUUCAAAGUUCAACGCCGUCAACAAGCAGUUUACCUCAAAACAAUAAAGAAGAUAAACAAAUUACUGUGGAUCCUAACCCAUCUGAAAGUUUUACAAAUAUUCAAAACGUUGAAAUUAACGGAAUAAACCCCAAGAGUCCAUUUCCUAAACUUUUAAUUUUUAAAGGCUGUGCAAAACAAUACUGUGGAGGUGUACAGUUUUUAAGAAAGAGCUUCUAUUAUUCUAUAUAUGGACCACUUACAUGUUUGAAGGAACAAUGCGGAGAUGUAGUCAAAGCAAGACUCUGGGUUGCUGGGAAUUGUGUGCGUGAAGGCCAAGGUUACACAAGCAUAGAAGCAGAAUUGGAUGCAAUGUACAAGCUCUUUCAGGAGCUGCGAACCACCAACUAUUAUAUUGAGCUUAAGGACAGUUAUAUGCCAGGAAAAAAAAAGACGUUUCCACCGUUUCUAAGCAAUGUUGAUCCAUCUCUGAGCCAUAUUUACAAGGUUGUUUGUCUACGGAAGCGGGAUGGAAGUACUUUUGUACAUAAUAUACAAGGGGCAGUGGACUAUGUUUCUUCAGCUAGGGAAUUGCUCGACUAUAUAAAGAAUCACGGAAACACUGGUUCUAAGGCAGAUCUCUUCAUAUUUAAUGUCGACAAAUCACAACGUACUGAAAUAUACCGAGCCUGCAGUGCAGUAGGAAUGAAAGGAAGACCACUGAUUGGCUGCUCUGACGGAGGGGUAAUGGCUUACUUCCCGGAGAAACCUUGGGAGAUACUUCAGGACCUUUUGAAGUGUGGUGGGGAGACCAUCAAGUAUCGCCUGUUCCCACCUGGCAGUGAUUUGGAGAGUGAGUUAGUUGGCGAUCGAAGAAAAAGUACAGUUAAUGAUGAACAGGGAGGAACUAAUCCUCAACAGGACACUUCAACACAUCAAGAAGAAAUUGAAAUUUCACCUUGGAUUGCUGAAAAUCUCAUCAUUAUGGAAGUUUUCAAUGAACGUAGUUGGAUAGACUGUCCGAAGGAGGUGAUCUUUCAAUCGGUCCGAAGUUGUCCAGCUUUGGAAGAAAUCAUCAUCGAAAAGAAAAGGGAUCCAAUUUCCAAACUGAUAACUGGUGAAGCUCUUAUUGACAGACAAGUGGUUGGCAGAGCAACCUCAUAUAUCGAGAAGUUGGUGAAAGAAAGGGCCGCUGAAGAUGCUUUGAAAAAUCUAAGGAAGUAUUGCCCUUUUAUUGAGGUGAGGGUGUUUACAAUGCAUUAACAACAUAUCCUAAUAGUAGGAAC